AGCAGCAAGGAAGGAAAAAGAUAUACAAAAACAAAGCUGGCAGCCAGUCGAAUAAAAACAGGACUGCGAAGGCGAGCUCAACACAGGCACAGCUAUGGCGGGCGAGAGCGAGCGAGCAAGGUGUCGCUGUUAAUGCUCCUCUGCGAAGGAAAACAACACCAACACCAUGUAGGGGCUCGCUCUUUUUUUUUUUUUUUUUUGAGGGGAGCUAUAGAUACAUUGAUAGAUCCUUGGUGGCGUUGUAAAUUCCUCCACAAGACGAACAACUGGCUGGCUGCUGCCGCUAUACAGUGAGUCACAAGCUCUGAAUGCCCAGUGGAGUUAAUUUCUUCUGUCGCAGAAACAACCAUCACCACCGAACGGAGAAGCAAAGCUUAUAGCUUAAGUCCUACUCUCUCUCCCUCACACACCCUCUCUCUCUUUAGAGAGACUGGUGCUGCCACACAACAUUACUGCCAAUCACUUUAACUUGGACCAAGUCUCUUUCACGGGACGGAGAAGAGAGAAGAGAGAAGAGAGGGUUCUUCCUUUCCUCUUUUCCUUUGCCAACCAGUGUGUAAGUAUCUUGCUCCUCUGGAUCGGCGGACUUUGGGAAUACCCUCCUCUCUCUCUCUCUCUCUCUCUCUCUCUCCGCUCGGGGGUUUUAGGUUCUUCUCUCACUCUCAGUCUCAGUCUCACUUUGGAAUGGAAAUGCUGGUCGACCCAAGCAGCAGCAGCAGCUAGAUUGGAAGCACUCUUUUUUUCCGCUCUUUCUCGUUUGGGCUCGGGGGCAGCGACAAUGAUCAUAUGGAGCCUUCUAUGAGUUUGUGGAGCUCAGUGGUACUGUUAGGAGCUCUGGCGCUAUGGAAUACGGGCACGCUCUCCGUCUUUGCACAGCCUGGAGCUGCGGAUGCCUUGCAGGCUUUCAAGCACGCUCUUGGGGAUCCACCGCAACUUCGCAGCUGGAUGGGCGAUGAUCCUUGCUCGGCUUCGUCGUCAUGGAGAGGAAUCAAAUGUGGUGGAGAUAGCCGCGCCGUUGUCUCGCUGACGUUGUCAGCUCUGGGGCUUCGCGGAUUGCUAUCGUCGGAACUGGAGAAGCUGAGCAGCCUGGUUAUCCUAUGGCUAGAUGGUAACCAUCUCUAUGGAACAAUCCCCUCUGGUCUUGGUAAAUUGAAGAACCUAACUUCUCUGCGUCUAUCUGGAAAUCAUCUGAGCGGACAAGUCCCAGCAGCAUUCGCAACAUUGCCCAACUUGAAAGAGCUCUUUCUGGAUGGCAACUCGCUCAACAUUUCAUGGUCCUCGAAGCUUUCGACGAAUGUAAGGCUGAGCGAAAACCUGGAUUCAUGUCCAGCAUGCUCCCCUUCUCUGGCACCAGCUCUGGUGUUUGGUCCCGGCGAGGGAAUGCCUCAAAACCAAGAUGGUGGCCACAAAUCUCACGCUGGUGCCAUUGCUGGAGCAGUAGUCGGCGCGGUGGUUCUCGUCGCAAUCUCAAUUGGACUGGUGUCACUGUGCUUGAUGCGCGUGAGGCACUGGCCGAGUGCUACUUCCGACACCGCCUCCUCAGAUCCUUCCGCUCAAGUGGACUGGGCCAAAGGAAGAGCCGAAAGUUCUCUAACAGAAGGAGCGAUCGCCGCAGCCGUGGAAGCCCAGCAUGCAAAGCAGUUUGCGUUUCAAGAGCUCGACCAUGCAACCAAGGGAUUUAAUCCAUCCAACCUGAUUGGGAGAGGACGCUUUGGUUUAGUCUACAAAGGAUUGCUUGAAGAUGGAACUAUAGUGGCCAUCAAGACGCGAGCUAGCGCUCCUACACAAGAGUUUGUCACGGAGGUCGUUAAUCUGUCCCAGCUUCGCCAUAAGAAUGUGGUUAGUCUGCUUGGUUUUUGCCAGGAACACGACCACCAAAUGCUUGUUUAUGAUUAUCUGCCCAAUGGGAGUGUUUCAAGUCAUUUAUGUGAUCCUAAUGGGAAUCCAACUGGAGAGCUGGAUUUCAAGCAACGCGUAGCAAUUGCAUUGGGUGCUGCCAGAGGAUUGGAAUAUUUACAUUCUGGGAAUCCACCCCGCGUGCACCAAGACUUCAAGACAAGCAACGUGCUCCUGGACGAGAACUUGGUGGCGAAAGUUACGGAUGUAGGCCUGUCCAAGCUGCUGGUGACGAGCCACAACGCAAUGCCAUCAGCAAAUGGCUCCAGCAGCCACUUCGCAGAUCCGGCAGCAGUAUAUAACACGUACCGCGUGGAUCCAAAGAGCGACGUCUACAGCUAUGGUGUGUUCCUGCUUGAGCUCAUAAGCGGGCGACAAGCAAUAAACCGGAGCCGACCAGCACAGCCUUCUCCCGGCAUCGUGGAAUGGGCACGGUCGCUCCAGGAAUCGUCGAGUAGUAUGGAGGGAAUGGUGGACAAGAGCUUGGUAGGGACGGAAGAAGCGGGCACUUUGUUGCUGCUGGGCCUCCACUGUACAGCCCAGAGUCCAGAGAAGAGGCCCACGAUGAGUCAAGUGUCACAGCAAGUGGAGCGCAUUCUGGACAAGGAGAGAGGCGGCAUCGUCGCAGCCGGCGAGGGCGCGACGGUAGUGACUCUGGGAAGCGAGCUCUUCAAGUAAAUCCAAAGGUUGACGGACUAAGAUCUUAUAUAACUUGGAGCUUCUCUCCUUGCUUCCUUUGCUUGCUUCUUUUUUUUUCCAGUCAGAGCGCGGAUACAAAUCCUGUCACUUACUUUGUCUUGGCCUGAAGCGUUCAAACAAUCGACUUUUUUCGCU